GCUUGAACACACUGUUGUUUUUUUAAUCCAGCAGUUUCACUUUAAAUCCUGAAUAUCAUGUAUGUGCUUUUGCUUUUACGUCAAUUGCGCUAUUAUCAAAAAAAUAAAAAUAAAAAUAAAAAAUCGUCACUGUCAAAUUGUUUCCUUGCUUCAGGUGAGAACUUUGGUGUAACAGUAAAUCUGUUGACGGCAGACCAAUACUUGGCCAGUAUAGGCGCAGACUUUGUAAAAAUGGCGUCUGAUGCAGGUUGCCCAGAGACCAGCAGCAGAGCUCUUAUUGACUAAAACAACAUCAGUGUUUUGUAAGUCAUCUCUCCAAGGGAUGAAGUCUGCCGUUGCGUCGAGAGUUGCGUCGGACAGGGAAGCGCACACCAACCGCCUUCAUCAUUUUUGCCAUCAUGGGAAUCUACGGCCGCACUGCUGCACAGCUCUCUAACCAACAUGAAUGUCUUUACGCGUUCCAGGGGACAUGAUCGCCGUUCGCUCGUUUAUCGCCCGUUUACGAUUGAAGAAGAAGAAGUGACCUUCUCUGAGGCGGAGGAUGUCAGCUCUGAAAAAGACCAGACGUUUACAUCUUGGUCCCCACCUCGGAAGGUAAAUGAAGGCAGACGUCUCCCCCCUGCCAGGAACAUGAAGGGCUUAUCGGGCAGUCGUUCCCAGCAUCAUAUCCCUUUACCUCAUGGUUUGGACUACGAUCCCCACAUUCACGAUUUCCAUGGCCACCAUGGCUCUGACUCCCGCCACCCGUCAUACCUGCUCAGCCCCACAGAGAGCUGCCCCGUGGACUUCCACCACCGGUACUCGCCCCGAAGCUCCAUCCACUCUGACUGCAUGAUGAUGUCCCCUGUCAUGAUGCCCCCACCUGCCGCAUCAGACCACAUCUCCAGCAGCACCUUCCCCAGAAUGCACUACAGCUCUCAGUAUUACGACUCAGCCACCCGGGAAGACUGUGCUGCCAUUACGGCCUCCGCCACCUCGCCGGCUGUCGCUGCUGCGGCAGCCGCUGCUGCUGCCUCCUCCCACCACGCCGGCACUAAAAGCAAUCGCCUUCCAGCUAACCUGCUAGACCAGUUUGAGAAACAACUGCCACUUCACCGCGAUGGCUUCCACACGCUACAGUACCAACGCACGUCCACAACCACUGAGCAACGCAGCGAGAGUCCCGGCCGCAUCAGACACCUCGUUCAUUCUGUUCAAAAACUAUUCACCAAGUCCCACUCUUUGGAGGGGUCAUCCAAGAUGAAUGGCACAAAAGGUGAUUUAGGAGGUGGAGGAGCAGGGUCUUAUUACCAUCAUGGCCACCACUCCACCAAACAUGGCAGCAAGAGGAGCAAAAGUAAAGAACGUAAGCACCGCUCUGGAGGUUGGUGGAGCUCUGAUGACAACUUGGACAGUGACAGCACCUACCGCACACCAAGUAUAAUGUCGAGACACCACGGGGAACAUGUCAGCCACUGCUACCCAGAAUCCAUGCACAGCCAUCACUUUGGUGAAAUGUCGCUCAAGGGCUCCAAGAGUAACAAUGAUGUCAAGUGCUCAGCCUGUGAAAGCAUGGCCAUGGCACCCGAGGGCAAAUUCAUGAAGAGGAGCUCCUGGUCAACACUAACAGUCAGCCAAGCCAAGGAGGCCUAUAGGAAGUCAUCGCUUAAUUUGGACAAACCCAUGAUGCACACCGACCUCAAAACGUCUUCACGAGCAUGUCAUUACCUUCAGGUACCCCAAGAUGAGUGGAGCGGUUACCCCGGUGACAAAGAUGAGGAGAUUCCAUGUCGCCGCAUGCGGAGCAGUAGCUAUGUCAAAGCUAUGGGGGAGCUGGAGGAUGAAAGCGGAGACUCCGACACGAGUCCUAAGACUUCUCCACAGGCAGCCAUUCGUCCUGAUGCUCUUGUCCUUAAAUCAGCCAUGCAGAGACCCCAUUUAGACUCCCAAAGCCAGGGUUACCACUUGCAAACCAGAGAUUUGCGGCCCCACCCAAGUGUCACGCUGGAUCCUGCCACCUCCUUUCAUCCCCCUCCUUUUCGCUCUCGCAACCAGAGCUACAUGCGUGCCGUUAGCACCCUCAGUCAAGCUAGCUGCGUCAGCCAGGUGAGUGAGACUGAGAUCAAUGGCCAGUUUGAGUCAGUUUGCGAGUCCGUUUUUAGUGAAGUAGAAUCACAGGCCAUGGAGGCCUUGGACCUGCCUGGUUCGUUCCGCACUCGAAGCCACAGUUACCUCCGUGCAAUUCAGGCUGGUUAUUCCCAAGAUGACGACUGCUUGCCUUCAAUGACAUCCUCCACUGUCACUUCAACUCUCAGAUCCACAACAGAGGGAUAUGAUCUUGUGGAUGCCACAUCCUUGCUAAAUGAUGACAUGAUAGAGGAUGAUGACGGUGCUAGCUCCUCUGCCUAUGCAGAGCUGGAGCGGCUAGAGAGAGAGACUGCCGCUGCUCGAAGCCAGCAUAGCACUAGCUCAACUGUAACAGCCAUCUCCGUCCCCCCAGCAACGCCACCUUCAUAUAGGGUCCCUGCUGCUUCACCCAUUGCCACCACUGAGCCACCAGUACCCCAAGCGCUCCAGGCUUUCAAGGAGUCUGCCAACAUGGUUGCUGCCUUCAACUUGCAAUGGAAGGACGAAAUCUCUGCAAUGCGCUACGAGCUAGCAGAGCUGCGUAGAGAUGUCUGUGGAGAGUUAAAAACUUUCAACAGCAACUUCUUCAACUUCACUCAGUGCUACAAUAUGUGGACUUUAUGCCGGGAGCCCUGCAGUGAUAACACCACACAGACAGACAACAGAGUGUCCAUAGGAAUUCAAGCAGGCUCAAGCUGGUCAGUUAGACAUCAUACAGAGGACAAGUCAGUGAUGUGUCAACCAGAGCCAGCACCUUUCAGCAUUAUGGACUUUAUGGACCCACCUCGAAUUGAAAUCAUCGAAGGAACUCCUGAAAGCACACCGGAGGGGUCCGGCAGUCCUGCAAGUCCACUACCAAUAGAGGACUUCCCAUGGGAGAUUACCAAGAAGCAAAAGGCUCAUAAGCAGUCAGACACAAGUGGCCACACAGGUGGUCACAGAAGUGCCAGUCUAGAACUGUGGAGCAGAAAGUACACCAGUGGGCCCAUGUCAUAUUUGUCUAUGUCAUUCUAAUCAUCUGCAUUUUCUGCAUACUGUAAAAGGAUUUAAAAAGAUCCAGAUUAAGAGCCAGAUAUGUAAAGAAAAGCUGUUGUUAUAUGUCCCUUUACUCUAUGCAGACACAGUCUGUCAUCUCUUGAACUGCUUACAAUAAGUUUCCAAGUAUUUUUUUUAACAAGUGUCUUGCUAAGCCAUGGAAUAAAAGAGGGUGAUUUUGUUUUACACCAGAGUCAGGUAAGAUAUGAAUGCGAGAGAGAAUGUGGCUGAUAUUUCAGAUCCUCAAGUGCCAAAAAGUGCAUCAUUAGCUAUCCUUCACUGUCCUUACAUACCUUAAUUACUGAGAGAGAGAAAUACUGUUCGCAUAAUAGAAAAUGUAAGGAAUAUUUAGACUGAAUCCCAUUUUAAGGCCUUAAAGGUGUCUCUAAAUCUUUGAUGAAAUUAACAUCAAUUCAGUUAGUCGAAAGUGUUUUAAAAAGUGAUUUAAAAAAAGAAUACUUUCUAGGCCUGUUUACCAGGCCUAGAACGCCAAACUUCUUCACCCUUAACAUUUAUCAUGCAGUACAAUUAGAAUACCCUUACCACUGGUGUCAAUGUUUAACAAAUGUAGGGGCACGACUUAGCUGAAGUAAAAAGAGAAAUGGGAUUCAUUCUAAUUUACAAAUCAAUAAAAAGGUGUUUUUGGACCACAGAAACCUUUUCUUGGUUUAGGUACCUAUCAGGAGAAAUUUCUCCUUGUUUUAUAAAAGUUCCUAUUAGGAUUUUAUUACCUACAACAAUAGUAAAGAAAGUAAGUUAAAAUACUAAGUUAUGUGACAGAAAAUUAUAUGAAAAUUGGCAUAGACACCCAAAACAUCCCAUGGACAAUCAAAAAUUUCAAAUAAAAAAUACAGAAACUUAAAUGGAACGUCUCAGUUUACCUGUCCAUCAACAAGCCUUUACAUGUAAUCUUGUGUAAUGGUUCACAUCCAAAGGAACAAGAUGCUCAUACAAGCUGCUGAAGUGAGAUUCCUCCAGGGGCUCACCUUCCGAUUGCAAUUCAUUCAGUCAUUCAGAGGAAUUUUCUUAAUUUCCCUUCUACUUGUAUAACCCAAUCUCGGACAAACAGAUCAUUCAAGCCAGAGAUUUACACGUCCCAUAAUCCUGGUUAGAAUUACACCAGCUCAAAUUACAAUCUCAAGUAUGUGAGAGAAAAUCAGUGACCUUCACAUACAAAGGAAGGACAUGUAAAUACUACACAAACCGGGCACAACCAAUAGUCAAAGCUGCAAACUUUUUACUGUUUGAUCAGAGACAAAGUUAACCUCAUUGCAAUCCUGUUUCUUCACGGUCAUUCCUGCCUCUCCUUCAAUCCUGCACAAAAUGCAUAGGAGACAGUAUGUGUUGAAAACAUAUGGCUAUGAGGAUGUUAGCCUAUUUACAGCUUUCUGGUAUGUCAUUAACUUAAAUCAUCAUUAAUACCUGGAGCUCAAAGUCAAAAAAUAACACUAUGAGCAUAUUCAGCUUCCAAACCUGUCAGUGAGCCUUCAGAACUGGUUGGUCCAAAAACACCUACUAUACAGGGAGGCAAAUAGUGGCAUGUUUCUGCACAUUAAUCUGAAUAGAUCAUGUUCAUUCCAGUUUCUCAUUAUGUAGAAACAUCUUAAGCACCUACAUAUACUGAAAAAAUACUGUGAAUACGUUUAUAACUUUAUAAAACAUAGUUUUGUAAUGAAUGCAUUAAAUAAUACAUUAUUUAAGAAUAUAUUGAUAUACUACUGACAUUCUAGUUAUUUCAAUCAAAGCAUUCCUUUGCCAUUGCCUUCAUCCAUUUGUAGCAAGUUGCAGCGGAAAUGGGCAUUCCUGAAAAAAUUUAUAACAAGUUGGUUAAUAAACUACACAGCCACAUUAUUUAAAUAGAAGAUACCAUGAUCUAAUGACAGGAAUAUAACACCCUAUCAAGUUUGUAGACAUUUCCACAACACUGUGUUGAAUGCUUCGUCUCAAGGCUCUGCAAAACUUCAUCCUCAAACAGAAUUGUUUACAAUAAUUCAAUCUGAGUGACCAUGAGACCCAACUUCGUCAGGAAGGUGAAACAGGAAAGCGAUUCAUGCUGAUCAUGAAGGAUGGAAAUAUUAAGUUCAGUCCAUUCCAGCACAAACUAAAUUUAUGUUACAUCUCUAUAAAUGUACAAUAUAUACAUGUAUCAUUUUGUAUAUAGACAAACUUAUAUUCAAAACUUGUACUGUUUGUAGUUACAAAAAAUACUGUGUUCUGAUAGAACUGCGAGGAAUUGUUGAGGUAAAUGUGGUUCUUAACAAAAAGGUUUUUACUUCUUACUCUUCCCCAGCUAUUUGUUUUACUGUUAACUACUUAACUGUUUCUUUUUCUUUUGGCACAUAUGAUGAAAUUUGUAAUUUCUCCUAUUUUGUAUGUGGUAUUCACUGGAGGCCCUCACAUGUUUGAUACAGUGUCUUAUCAGUUAAAGUUUAUAUUUUAAAAGACACUAUGACAAACACAGACUUUCAUCAGUUCUUUUAAUGUUGCUUUUAAUUUGAGUUAAUUUGAUCAUAAUCAGCAAUUGUAGAAUUUUUCCCAUAAUCCCGACUCGGGCAGUUUAUAACUUCUGAAUUGUAAUAAUUAAACAUUAUCCCUACAAGUAGACAAUCAGAGCCGACAAAGGCCUCUACCUCUUAGAAAUGUCCCCAGAGGUGCAGUGUAGUACCGCUGAAUGUUCCAACACCGCCUCACUAGUGACGGCUAAGGUGGACUCCUGUCUUAAUGGAUAGGGGGUCUCAAUCAUUAUUUUGUCUCAUAACUGCCACAGCCAUUUCAUCUCCUAUAUCACUUUACCGACAUGGCGUACCAAAGCUCACACAGACAUGAACAGAUCUGUGACCAACAAGCCAACAUUUGACAGCACUUAAAUCUGAAAGAGAUUUGCAGCAUUGAAAAGGAAUAAAAAGAAAGGCAUUAUCGCCUAAGUUUAUAAAAAGUAAAAUUGCUCCCUUUCUACACUAACAAAAGACAAAAUUUAUCAAACAUAUAAUAUUUUGAAUUAUAUUAAUAAAGAGUUGAACCACUUUAAAUUUGAACUUAAGGCCAUACACGAAACUGCAGAAAAGACCCUAGGGUUCUUGCAGUUGCUCUGUCUAAAAAAGCAGGGAAAUUUAUGUCUUGAACAUGUGAACAUUUUUCUCAAUUUCUAAAAUUGCUACGAACAUGAAGUGUAUCAAUGUCAUUUCCUCUUCAAACAUGGUAUGUGCAAAGACAUCCAAAAGGUUAAUUUUUUAUGUUAUCUAACCAGACUGUACUCUCCCAGUAUUUAAUUGGCCUCUCAAAGGUUCUGCAUCAAAUAUUAUCGUUUCUACAUGUUUUUAUCUUCAGCAGGGGAGUCUUGCUGAAGACUCCCCUGUGCACAGAGGCCAAUGUGGCUAGUCUUUUUCACAAUGGUCAGUGACUCUUGAACAGCUAUUCUAAUUAUUUUGAUUCCUCUGUCUAUAAAUAUUGGAAGAAAUUCCUGAUUGUGACUGGUGUUUGGUACGACAUGGGUCACUGGAAUGCUCAGAUCUGUAGAAAUAUAAAUGUAAACAAUUCCAUCAGUAGGUUUAGCAAGAAGCUGCAAAAGUAUUGAAGAGCACCUUGCUUUUAUCAAUCAUAAAAGGCUUUUGAGAGAUUAGUAAUAAAAAAAUUUAUAGGCCAUAAAUUAGGUCUUUAUAUAUACACACACUGAUAUUAUAUGCACUAUAAGCACUGACAGAUUACAUACAUUUUUAUGGUUUUGAAUAUCUUUUAGCAUCAAAUUUACUACAGGUGUGAAAUGCUUGUUCCCAGAGUCAUUCCAAUUUACGACACGUAAUUAAUAGACCUAUUCACUUUGAUAUCUUUGUAUGUGUGAAUUGCUAUUUUUAGUAGCCACCGGCAUCUUUUAUGAAGAUCACCUCAAUAACCCAGUGAGACCAAUUUUAACUAGGAAAAACAUUGAUGUGUUCAAUACGUAUUUUCCUUGCUCUUUCAGUAAAAUUGAUUAAAAUCCAAUAUAUAUUUUUUACAAAGGAGAAUUUCUCAAUGACAUGUUUUACUUAUUAUUGGUUUAACAACACUAAACCAUGGAGCUUGGAAGAGCUGGAUGCAAUGGAGAUUAUUGUCAAACAUAGCCACUUGCAAUACAGAGAAGAAAUUUCCAAAAUAUUUUCACUUAUUACUCCACUUAAAACAUCAUUACUGAGGCCAAAUGCUGGAUUUUUGCAAAUAAAUCAGAGGAGAAGGCUCCUGACUGUGACAAACAUCCUUUAGUAAUCCAAUGAAUCUAAAAAAAUAUCCACUAUUUUGAUUUGGGUUUUUUUUAAGAUGUUUACGCUAGAUUUUCUGAUUCAAUUCUCUUCCUAUUGUUUUAAUUGUGUAAACAGAUUUAAAGGUGCUGUAGACUGGCAAGUCAUGAUGUCUUCAAUUUACAUUUAUUCAUGCUAUGCAAGUCCUUUAUUUUUAUAUGUAUACCAUCAAAGUAUGUGCCGGUUGUACUAUUAAUAAAUAACACAAAGCGUGACUGGCUGAAAUAGAAUGGAACCUGGAAAAGUACUGAUUAACAAAAUUAUACAUAUGCUUUGAUUUAGUUGUUCAUUUUUAAGUUUACUGACAACAUACAUGCUUUUCUCAGAUAGUUAACAUCAUAACUUGCACAUAAUGCUAAAAAUCUAAGAGGUUGUUGGUGAGAUUACUGCCAUGUAGUAGCAUUUGCAUGAUUUGUGCCAUUAUGUAGAAAAUAAUCAUCUCUACAUCACUCAGAAUGUACACACAGUUGUGUACAUUCUGAGAUUGUACACAGCAUUCUCAGAUUACACACAGCUGUGUGUACAUUCACAGCUUAUUAUUUGUGAAUGUAUAUUAUCACCCCAAAAGACCUGUUAGUAUAUAAUUUUUAAUAUUGUAUACUAAUAUUUUUGUAAAUUUUCUCAAUUUACAAAAAAGCUAACUAGUAAUCAAUAGAUUCUAGGUAACUUCCCCACAUAGAUUAUUCCAGUUUGUCAUUAUUAUUUUAUCACAUAGCCCAAAGAUGUUAUUCUUUCCUUGAACAAAGUGGAAAUGUAGCAAAAUAAACAGAUCUAAACAAUAUUUUAAAAUGAUAUAUAAAUAUAGCUAUAUACACAGAAUUAAAUAUUUAACAAAUCUGAAGAAAAAAACCUGGAUAGUCACCAUUAUUUUUAAACAUGCAACUUUAUUUUGUGUAAUGAAAUAUCUACAGUAAGUGUUUGUGAGAGUUUCUGAAUUGCUUACAAUAGCUAAUAUGUUACAGCACCCUCUCAUCUCAUUAUGUUUUGUUUCCUUUUACUUGUAAACCAGAGAUUUAAUGCAACAACUGUGCCAAAUCUGUGAAGUCCAGGUAGGACAAAGGUUUCUGGAUGGACUCUGACCUUGUAAAACUGCUUGAAUACAAACCUUCUUUCCCAUUUUGUGUUUUUCUCCCUUAUUUAAUGCGAGUGUCUUGGAUAAAGUGUUAUUUUCUAUUCAUACUGCAGUUUACAGGAAAACUUCUGACAUCUUCUUUUUGUAAAACAUUUGUUUAGCUUGCAUUUUUGUUAGCCUUUGUCUAUUUUGUUAAACUAAAGAAAAGAAAAACAUUUUCUUUAAUGGC